GGCGUAUCAACUCAUCGAAAGAACCUCCAUAUAGAAAGUUCAACAAUCUAACUAUAUACCGGGAGCAAUGGCCUUUCUCUUUCACUAUUAAAUACCUCAUCUCUUUCCUCGAUAACAUCACGUCAUUGAUCAGGACUGGACGUUCCAACUAUAGUAUCACUGCCGAACCACACGAACUGCAUCAGGUCAACCCAAGUUAACUAUAACAUGAACGAAUCCCUUAAGAAAAAUCUACCAGAUAUCUUCGUGAUGCUUUCAGCCGCCGAAAGAGAAGAAAUCGAUCGAGAGGUCACGGCCUUCAUGGCCGAGUUUGGCCACAUGUUUGGAGGCCACCUCAACGAAGGUAUCUCGAACGAUGACGCUUCAAACAGUGGCACUUCAAGCGCCGACCCCUCAACAAAUGAAACAAACACACAAGGCACAAGAAAAGGCACACAGGAGGACGCUUCUUCCGCAGAGUCAUCAGCCAGACGUGACAGAUUCACGCACUUGAGUCCGGAGCUCGCCUCACACGACAGAGCAAUCGAACGCUACAACUUUCUCAAACGCCACUGUCCCUGGAGCCAGGAUGAAGCGUUCUUGAACAUGAUGUGUUCACUGCACAGUCACCCACAAACCAUGGGUCUUCCACCGAGUUCAACUGAGCCUUUGGCCGAUGAGUCACCCGAAAAAGAAGACGAGGGAAGUCCGUGUGGGAGUUAGGCCGAUGUCCAUGCUGAGACCAAGUAGGCUUUAGCACAUAUCCGUGGAUGAAAGCUUCAUAAUAGGAGAGAUGAGGAGGAAUAAUAAGAGUAGUAGUUGAGUUGUGGGAGGAAC